AUGUCUUCCACCAAACACACAGCACGAUCAAUCCUCGACGCAUUCUACGACGCCGAACGUAUUUACAUGGCCUCAUCCCCUGAAGAGCGCGACUUUAGCGGCAUGGCAGCAACACUCUCAAAAGAAGUGAAACUCAAACAAACAUCAGGCCUACCCUACGCUGGCGAAUACGUCGGACCUGAAGGGUUCCAGAAGUGGGCAGAAGACAUGGCCAACUACUUCGACAAGGUUGAUGUGCAGAAUCCCGAAAUUUUCGAACGCGAGGGUUCCAACCGUAUCAUCUCGCUCGGCUACCUUCACCUUAGAGUUCGCAAGACUGGGGAAGAGCUAAAGUGGCCCCUGUGCCAGGUCAUGACGGUGGAUUUGGAAGCCGGUGUUAUCAAGAGCAUUAUGCCGUUUUAUUGGGAUGUAUAUGCGCUGAACAAGGCUAUUGAGCACACACCUGAGUUAUAA